AACUGUCCUCCCAACACUUGGGGCAGCUUUUUGUACAGAAUGAGUCAUCAUUUUCUCAUGUUAAGACCAGUGGGAACAAAGAUGUCUUUUGCUAUGAUGAAUUACACAUGCCUUUGAAUGAAAAGCCUCAAGAGGGAGAUGAAUGUAUAUCUGAGUCCAUCUCAGCUUGUGCAUUGCCCAGCAAUGACAUCAAUGCUCGUGCUAAGUUGGAUGAAAACCCAGUAGAAGUUGAAAUCCAUUCCAAGGAAAAGCACCUCAAAAUUGUAAAUGAUUGUACUGAAGCUCACCCAGAUACUCAUGUUUCUACAACUACUGAUACAACUGACACCAACCAAAGAAGCAUGGUUGAUUCUUCAAAAAUAUCAUCAAAGGAAAUAAGUUUUAAGGGAGGGGAUGCUGAACCUGGCAUUACGUUCUUUAGUCAAAUACCAAAUAAGGUCUAUACCCGAAAAAGGGCCCGAAAUGUGAAUCUGUUGGCAAGGAAGGAUGAUGUUCCACUCUCAGAAAGUAUCAUAUUUAGAAACUUUGGAGAGGAUCUUCACCCGGAAAAAGAUCCUGCCACAGGAACUUUGCUUGCCUCAGAGAUUCAUCAGACGAGCUCUUCUAAUGACAAACCAUGCUAUGAAGAUUUAUUGGGAGGUCAAGCCAGGCUAGGUGGACAAUCCUGUGUGUCGCACACUGAGAAUACCAUAGAUUCCAAAAUUUCAACAAACAGUAUGGCUCCUGCUAUAUCACAAAGUCACGCAUUGGCAUUUGCCUCCGAUGAGAAGGAUACUUCAGAUGUUUUUCAGCAAUCUGUUUCACAUGUAGAAAAAUCUGAAGCCCAUCUUGACAAGAAGGCGGUUGGGCACAAGAAUAUUGUAGAGUUAAACAGUCCCUCAUCGAUUCUGAAUCAGAACACCAGUUUUGGUGGAAAUAACAGUUUGAUGGCUAAAGGAGUUCAAGAGAGUGUAGACACAAAACUUCGCAGGAAGUUGAAGCUUAAUAAUGAGCUAAAAGACAUUGUUGAGCUUGUGGGAUGCUAUGUCCAUCCCAUGCCUAUUUCGUCACUAUUUUUGAGCACCAAAGGGAAUGAAAUCUGCAUUUGUGUUUCAUGUGGCCUUCUGACGGACAGAGACAGAAACCUUUUCAUAUACAGGUUAGCAAUCCAGGAACCAAGAGUUGGAUGCCCUUCUUUCGUUGGGCACACAUCCAUAACAUUGCCGAUUCGCAAAUAUUACUUUGGUAGAGAAGUUGAACUGGAAAGAUCUGGUUUGCACUUUGCUCCAGAUGGUCAGCAUCUUGUUUUACUCGACAGCAUAAAAACACCUUAUUGCAGGGAAGGGAGAAUUCAGUGCUUGUGUUCAACAUGUAAAUCGGACUGCUUCGAGGAGAAUACAGUGAAGAUUGUGCAAGUAAAAUUCGGUUAUGUUUCAGUUGUUGUAAAAUUGAAAGCAGUUGAGAUCUUACAUUGUAUAUUGGUUUGUGAACCCAACCAUCUUGUUGCUGUUGGAGAGAGUGGGAGACUGCAUCUGUGGGUUAUGAAUUCAGCAUGGAGUGCACAGACAGGGGAAUUCAUUUUACCGGCUAACAAUUGCACCUCUCCUGGCCUAAUGGAGUUGAAGGGAAUUCCAAAGUGUGCUUCUCUAGUUGUGGGUCAUAAUGGUGUUGGGGAAUUCAGUAUAUGGGAUAUUUCUAAGCGCAUCUGUCUGUCAAGUUUCUCUGCUCCAAGCACUUCAAUUUAUCAAUUCUUUCCAAUUAGUUUGUUUAAUUGGAACAGCAAAUACCAUGUUUUCAGCAACUCUAAUGUUGAGGAACACAUCAAUGGGAUUAUGGCUGCAACAAAAAUGUGGUUCUCAGACAACAGUGUGAAUAAUUCUUUUCUUUCAUUUGAGGGCGAAGAUAUUGCUGUCUGGCUCCUUGUCUCAACCAUCUCAGACUCUGAUGCUCAAGAUGACUAUAUACCAAGUUAUUGCCAGAAUCAUUCAGUGGGAGGGUGGAGGCUGGCUCUACUGGUGAAAGAUAAGGUUGUACUGGGAUGUGCACUUGAUCCAAGGGCUUCUGCUGUUGGUGCAUCAGCUGGUCACGGGAUUAUUGGCACAUGUGAUGGACUUGCAUACAUGUGGGAAUUGGCAACUGGAACUAAACUUGGCAUGUUGCAUCAUUUCAAAGGUGGCCGUAUUUCAUGUGUUGCUACAGACGAUUCAGGGGCAGGUGCUUUAGCAGUAGCUAGUGAUGGAGGUCAGUUACUGGUUUAUCUGCAAAUUCUGCAUGCUGAAAAACAAUUUUCAAAUUAACAAGCGAACACGCAUACCAGUUUUUGCUCUAAUGUUCUUUGUUGAGAUCCUUGAUAUUCACAAGGCCACACAGCCUAUAUUCCCAAAGUUCUCAUUCAGUUUGUCAAGAUGUGCAUGGUUCUUAAAAGGAGAAGGAGACAUACAGACCGGUUUCUGCUCAAAUGUUUUAUUCUGUGAGCUGUUAUCGGAAAACUUGGUAUUAGUGAGGGAAUGCUUCCUAGAUCCCUAGAGGUAAGUGUAUGCACCAUUGACCUUAAAUGUACACAGAUCAAACUGGGUCCAUUUUUAAAUGGUGAAUAAUAAUCAAAUUCCCUCUUUGAUAUUGUCUGUCUGCUUCUUAACCAAUAAUCAAGAUUCCUCUUUUCUGAUCCAUGA